AUGAAGCUGCCCACAGAAGCGGCGGGGGACGGAAUGCAGUGCGACGCGGACAGCGACCCCGACACCACCCAACUACCCACCACAUACCAAGAGCACGAUCUGCCGGGUUCGUCGACGCCGGACGCCGAGCGCGCGCCCACCGACCUCUUCGCCGUGCUGUCGAUCGGCGACUCCCUGCCCCACCUCGACCCGAACAACAAGAGCUACCAGGCGAUGGUCGACGGAUUGAAGGUCUUCGGACAAUGGCCCGAACAGGAGCAGGUCCACUUUGUGCAGCUGCUGAUCAGCAAGAUGGGCCACCAGCAGCUCGGCAGCAUCGAGUCGUUCUUGAGGCCGAUGCUGAUGCGCGACUUCAUCACCCUGUUGCCAAAAGGAACCGCCGAGCAAAUACUGAUGCAAGUCGACGAGCGGUGCCUGGUGCAGUGCGAAUUGGUGUGCCGUCGCUGGAGGGCGGUGAUCGCGUACGGACAGCUUUGGAGGAAGCUCAUCGAGCGCAAGGUUCGCUCCGACGACAUGUGGCGCGGGCUGGUUGAGAAGCGGGGCUGGCUGCAGUACCUGCUGGGCGCCCGCAUCCAGAACGAGAUCAACGUGUGCAAGCGCCUCGGACUGCCCUACGACCAAGUCAAAAAUACGGAGGAAUUUGUGUACAAAUUGCAUAACUUUUAUCGAAAUCUUUGUCCACGCAUCAAAUCGGACAUCGAACGGGUCGAAGAGAAUUGGCGAAACGGGCGGCACGCGCAUCAGCGGAUAGAGUGUCAAUCGGAGAACAGUCGAGGCGUCUACUGCCUGCAAUAUGACGAUGAGAAAAUCGUCUCCGGCCUGCGAGACAACACUAUUAAGUUGUGGAAUCGGCGUGACUUGAGCUUGACGCAAGUAUUGACCGGACACACGGGCUCCGUGCUUUGCCUCCAGUACGACAGCCGGAUCAUCAUCAGCGGGUCUUCCGAUUCGACGGUACGGGUAUGGGACAUCGAGACGGGUGAAUGCUUGAACACGCUGAUCCACCACGGGGAGGCCGUCCUACAUCUUCGGUUCGGCAACGGCACGAUGGUCACGUGCUCAAAGGAUCGCUCUAUCACGGUGUGGAACAUGGUCUCGCCGCAGGAGAUCACCGUCCGACGGGUACUGCUCGGCCACCGCGCUGCUGUCAAUGCGGUGGAUUUUGACAACGAGCACAUUGUGAGCGGUAGCGGCGACCGUACCAUAAAGGUUUGGAGCGUCGACGAUUGCCAGUUCAUCCGCACGCUGUCCGGCCACCGGAGAGGCAUCGCCUGCUUGCAGUAUCGCGAAGGCCUCGUCGUUUCCGGCAGCAGCGAUUUCACAAUUAGACUCUGGGAGAUUGCCUCGGGCACAUGCCUGCGCACGCUUGAAGGCCACAACGAGCUCGUGCGCUGCAUCCGCUUCGACAACAAGCGCAUCAUCUCCGGUGCCUACGAUGGAAAGAUCAAGAUCUGGGAUAUGAAUGGCGCGCUCGACCCUCGCUCGAACCUCAGCAACCUAUGCCUGGCCACCCUUGAGCAACAUCAAGGCCGUGUCUUCCGACUGCAGUUUGACGAGUUCCAGAUUGUCUCCUCGUCACACGACGACAGCAUCGUCAUCUGGGAUUUCCUGAACGCGCCCGUCGGCCACCCGGGCGUCCAGCCGCAACCGAUGCAGCAACAAGCCGCCCCAUUGCCUCACCCGCAUGCGCUGAUCCCGAUGGUCGCUGUGGCGCAGUUGCCAGCACCGGCCCUGGCCGGCCAGCUCCCGGGCGCCAUGCAGCAACAGCAAGACGAUGACGACAACGACGCCGACGUGGAU